AUGUUUCACUUGCGAGAUCUGUUUACAUUGCAACUUGUCGGAGCGCUGGAGCUGAACAAUGCGAGCGACUGUUUUGAACAAUACAACACCAAUGUCCUCCGUGUUGCCCCGAACCAAAUCGCGUUUCGGGACCCUCAGUCUCUCAAAAAUGUCAUCGAGGUCUACCGCUUUGUAUCGUGGGUAUUCCGGUUCGGCCCUUCGCAUCUAGUUCUCCCGGCCUACCGGAACGUAGCGGACUUUGCCGGCAAACAUACUCGCGAACGAGCAAUGAGGCAGCAGAAUGGAACGCAGACUGAUGAAAGUGACAUCUUGAGUAUCAUUAUCAACGGGACCGGAAAAGCUAAAACACAGGACCCGAGCAUGGUCACCGACGCCCACGAGCUCCUCGGCGAAGCAACCACCCUCAUGGCUAGUGAUGGGGAUACGGUUGACACGGCACUCACAACGACAAUGUGGAAUCUAGGCCGACAUGCAUCCAUUCUGCAAAAGCUUACUGCGCAACUCCGUACCGGUUCACCGCUUCCGACGACAUCGAUUCAAAAACAGUGGCAGCCGAGACGCGUUCCACCGCACACGAGAGAGUUUCGUCCUGCCCGUUGGUUGGAUGACCUGGGCGGCAAUUUGGAUGUAUUUCAGCCCUUUGGUAUAGGUCCGCGCACGUGCAUUGAUCGGUAUAUUGCUAUGAUGGAGAUGCGCCUCAUUCUGGCGAGGCUGUUGUGGGAGUUUGACUGGGAGAUGUUCACGCAGCGAUACGAUAACCCCGAAUACGUGGUGCUGUAUCGGACUCCGCUGUGGAUGAGGGUGACGGCGAGGGAGAAUCCGGCCGUUUAG